CUUAGUGGGGACGAAUCCGAUCAGACGAAUGAAGGUGCGUCGCUGCUGGAUCCACAUGAAUCGACAGAGAGAGAGGGAGGGUGAGAAAUUAAUCGACGUAAGAGAGAGAGAGGUAGGGAAGAUCCAAGAGGAGAAGAGCUAUGAAUUUAAACGAGGAUUUGUAAUGUAUGCUUCAUCCUCCGAUUAGAACUUGCAAAUCCAUUCAAAAAUGGAUCAAUUCACAUUCAUUUGUUUAUUCAUAAUCAUAUCUCUUUCCACGUUGAAUAUCUGCACUUCCAUCUCGAUGAAAGAAGAACGUGCGAUUCCCUACGCCGAGCACUGCAACCACGUUGUUCCUGAAUCGCCGGUGACUAGAUCCAGCAGCGUCGGGAACAAAUUUCUCCAGGUUUAUAGCGUCUACUACUCCGGCACAAGUCGAAUCCAGGAUCAAAACGGCCGUCAGUUUGGAGGACUGUCACUCAGAUCAAUUUCCUUUGUUUCACAUGGCGUUCGCGAGACGGAAUCCGUAGGCGUAUUAGAGCUGACAGGCAUGGUUACAUUCCAAGGCUUGAGAAAUUCCGAUUUUCUAAGGAAUUCAACUAGUCGGAGGUUGCGGAAGAUUCAUAUCAGGCCGCCGAAGAUUCCAUCACUGUUAGGUCGAACUUCGUUUAAUCUGCGUGGAUUUUGGUCAUCGUAUUCUGGAAAUCUCUGUAUGGUUGGUAAGUCUAAGGAAAGCCCUAUUAAUGUCGUUCUUAAGCUUCAUUAUCCGAAUUCAUCAACUAUUUUCACUAGCUUAGUACACGGAUCUUUACAAAGCCUUAAUCCACAGAAUGAUCCAUACUAUUUUCAAUCCAUUUCAAUCUUAGGCGUAUCAGUGAUGAACUAUGAAUACACAUUGAUCUAUAGAGAGAUUGAGAAUGGUGGAUUUAAUUCAUAUGAUUACCUGCAAGACUCUUCUCUCAGUCUUGACUCCACUCGAUCCGUUUGUUCCUUUUUCAGAUCUCCCGGUAGAUAUGAACUGGAAUACCUAGAUGCCUGUAAUGCAACUAACUGUAAUCCUCUUGGAAGGAACGAUAACAGAUCUUUACCUCGAUUCAUGUCUGUCAAUGAGAUCAAAUGCUCUUCUAGUGAUGGUAAAGUGAGAUAUCUGUUAGAAUUCUCAAACUCCAGCUUUAAUGGUAUUCGAUUGCCAUUUGAUCCUAGCUUAACUUUAGUCGCUGAAGGAGCUUGGGAUCGGGAAAAGAAACGACUAGCAUUGGUUGCUUGUCGAAUUAAAUCAGCCAUGAAUGGUUCCCUCGAUGACUGCUCUAUCAGGCUGAGUUUCAGUUUGCCAUCAACUUUAUCGUUGAGAAACAGAAGCUCCAUUGUUGGCCAAUUGUGGAGCAAUAGAAAUGAUUUCAGACGAGUUUCAUUCAGAAGCACCGCAAAUGUGAAGAAGAAACUCAAAGGAUUGAGUUAUCAAUACACUGUUAUCGACCGUGCCAUCUCUUCUUGUAACAGAAGACUCGAUAAUAAAAGACAAAUAGGUAAUUAUCCAAACGGAUAUUCGCCGGACAUGAGCUUCGACAUGACGGUUAAGGAUCGAAACGGGAAACUUGCAUGGGGAUAUACAUCUCCGUUUUACGUCGGCCGAAAGUUCUACAAACCAGAUGGGACUUCAUCGUCAAUAUCCGAUAACGAGAAAUUACUGAACAUCAGCUACGAAAUGACUUUCACGCCCCCUCCCGGUUUUCUCAUUAAAACCACAUUUCCGAUACAAAUCUCGGCCGAAGGCAUAUACGAUACCAAAACAGGAUUCCUCUGUCUGAUGGGCUGUUUAAACGCGUUAGAUUGCGAAAUAAUCGUCAAUCUACAAUAUCCUCCUUUGAAUUCGAAAGGCGGGAGUCACGUUAAAGGGACUAUCGAAAGCACAAGGCUCAAUUCGGACACGUUUUACUUCGAUAAACUUGAGAUCGUAUCGAAUUCGAUAUACGAAAGUCAAGCGAGAGAUAGUAUUUGGAGAAUGGAUCUCGAGAUCACAAUGGUUCUAGCCUCGAACACGCUGGCAUGCGUUUUCGUUGUUUUUCAGCUAAGUUACGCGAAAAAGAAUAAGGAUUCGCUUCCUCGUAUUUCCAUCGUGAUGCUUAUAAUCCUCACGUUAGCUCAUAUGAUUCCGUUGGUGCUCAACUUCGAGGCCUUGUUCUUGGAAAAUCGUAACCGUCAGAAUGUUUUCCUGGAUAACGGGAAGUGGGUUGAAGUAAACGAAGUAUUGGUGCGGUUCAUAACUAUGGUUGCGUUUCUACUUCAGUUUCGUCUUCUCCAAUUAGCAUGGUCUGGUAGGGUGAAAGACGAAAACCGUAAAAGCCUAUGGAUUUCGGAUCUGAAGGUGUUUUUAUUCUUUAUGCCUUUAUAUAUCGGUUUUGGAUUACUUGCAUGGUUGAAAAAGUUAGGCCAAACGCAAUCUGGUUUGGUGUUGGACGGUUUUCUUCUUCCUCAAAUAGUUUUCAAUUUGUUUUCGGAUUCUUCUCGAGAGGAGGCUGCACUCGCGAUUUCGUUCUAUGUGGGGACUACUAUCGCUCGGUUGCUUCCUCACGUGUAUGAUCUUUGCAGAUCGCGAGUUUAUUCUGCAUGGUAUUCUAGUGAAUUGUUUGCUAGUAGGGGAUCGGAUUAUUUUUCGACAAUGUGGGAUAUUGUUAUAACUGUAUUCGGUUUGAUUUUCGUAGUUGUUAUUUAUUUACAGCAGCGUUUUGGGGGAAGAUGUGUUAUUCCUAGGAGAUUUAGAGUGGUUUCUGAAUAUGUGAAAGUUUCUACUGUUAGUGUGGAAUUGUCUUGAUAGGAAAAACUUCAAUUUUUUACCAUUUUACUACACCAGUUCACUUGUUGAGAUAUAAAAUUUAUUUUUGUCCUUUUAAUUU